AUGGUCAGGCAUUGGUUAGCUUUGCUUCCUUUAUUAUCUAUAGCGACAGCUGAAAUCACCAUUGGAGGAGAGUGCAUCACAAGUUUAUCUAAGUGGUAUGCCAAUAAUGCAGUGGAACAUGGAGAUGAUCCAACCAAAAAUUUGGUAGCAGUUUUCAAUGAUGGGAAAAAACAGUUCCUUCGACCGGAGCUCAGUAAAUCUUUCAAUUUUUUGUUUGAAGAAAACGUGUUUUCAUAUUACUAUCUUGGAGUGCAUAAUAUCAGCAUCAUACGAGUUUCUGCAUCAACCGUUUUUUCGGAUCAACAGUUCUGUUUGUAUUCUUAUCCCACUGCAAUCUACUCAAAGAUCACACUCAGCCAGCCAGAAUGUUUCUCGAAGAUGGGAUUAAGAGGAAAGUUUUUCCGAAUCUACUCUUCUCAUCAUAAGUUACCACACUUCGAUGAUGCAGCCGUUUCAUGCCAAGAUUUGAACCAUCUUUUAUCAUAUGGUAAUCCCGAGUUGUAUGCGGUUACUCCUCUUUCGGAGAGUAUGGCUACCAACGGGAAAAUAAUUAGUGAAGCUAGACCAUUGAGAUCGCCGUAUAAAUACGCAACACUCGUAGCACUCGCCUUUUUCGGCAUUGCUGUUGCUUUUUGGGUGAUUGCUUGCUACUCCUUGAAUAUGCAUUUCAAAGCCCGUGUUGUUGCGAAAUGUAGAGCCAUCGUUUUGAGAAUCAAGAGCAGCAUUAUGAAUGAAAUGACUGAAGCUCUGGGUACUGCAAGAGAAACAGGGUUUUCCCGAACUGGCACCACAUUGACAGGAGCAUCAGGAACAAGUACAGGAGCUAGUACUACUCAGGGAACGCGAACGGCUACCCGUACUUCUACAAAAACAAAAACUAGGAGUAGCGGAGGUUCCUUCUAG